AUGUGGAACUGGGUGAACCACGUUCCGGUGCUUGGUCAUAUCAAGGCGGGAAUCCACCAUGCCGCCGGCGACCACGACAUGGGACAUCAGGCUCUGGAGCAAGCGAACCAUGCAACCAGCCACACGCCUGUGUUGGGCCAUGUAAAAGUUGCCGUGCAUCAAGCUGCCGGUGAUUUUGACCAGGCCCAUGAGACGCUUGAAAAAGCGAAUCACAGCACAAGCUAUACUCCAGUCCUCGGACAUGUGAAGGCUGCCGUGCACGCAGCCGCUGGGCAUCAUGAUCUGGCCAAGGAGACUUUCGACAAAGCCAAUGCCACCUUCGCGCCCGUUAUGACCAUGGCUUUGGUGGCAUUGUGUGUAUCUCUACCAGAUGCACUUGUGCUGGCGAUAGUCGCUAGUGCAGCUGAAGGAUUGCGUCCGGUGCGUUUGCCGGAUCAUGAAGCCGUCCCGGGAGAAACUGAGGGCCGCAGCCCCGAAGUCGUCCCGAGAAAACCGGUCAGCGACGAUGAGUCGCCGCGGCUGUACCACUUGUUGGACGUGUUCCAUGCACUUUUCAACUCUGGGUUGCUGUCGGAGCCGGAAUUUCAGGACAUUCGACACAGGAUUUUGAACGAGGUUAACCCGGGCUCAGUGCAUCAGGUGCGCUUGCUGAAGAUUCAAGCACAAGGAGAGACUUGA